UUCUGAUUGGCGGCGAGAACGCGCAAUAUAAAUGCGAGCGCGGAGCCCUGCGCUCACUCCGUCGCCCGCGCUGCUACAGUAGCGAUGGCUCGCGUGGUGCCCUUGGUCCUGCUCGGACUGCUCUCGCUGUCCAGCCUGGACGCCAUCCAGCGUACUCCGAAGAUUCAGGUUUACUCCCGUCACCCAGCGGAGAAUGAGAAGCCAAAUUUCUUGAACUGCUAUGUGUCUGGGUUCCACCCACCACAGAUUGAAAUUGAUUUGCUGAAGAACGGGCAGAAGAUGAAAGCGGAGCAGUCUGACCUGUCUUUCAGCAAGGACUGGUCUUUCUAUCUCCUGGUCCACACUAACUUCACGCCCAACGCAAGAGAUGAGUACAGCUGCCGCGUGAAUCACGUGACUCUCCAGGAACCCAAGAUAGUUAAGUGGGAUCGAGACCAGUAAGCAGCAGCAUGGAGGUUUGAAGAUGUCACAGUUGGACUGAAGUAACUCCAAAUUCUAUUUUCUUUCUUUUUAAUAAUGAUAUGCUUUAUGCAGAUAAAUUGGAAGUUAUAUUGCUGUUAUCACAAAUACCAUCUUCUUUAUAAUUCUUCUUUGUGCACUAAGUCUCCAUAUUUGAUUCUUCUUGGCAUGUAUCUGUAGUGGAGGCACUGGCAGCUUAAAGGUGAGAAGGAGAGAAUUCUCAUGUUCAGCAUCAACAUCUUCAUCAAAUAUAAAGUCUCCAGUGUCUUAGGUACACAAAACUGGAAAGAUAGCUAUGCAUAUUUAGAGUAAAACUCCAAUUUGUAAUUUUGCUUAGAAUUUUGGAAAGUUUUAGAAAGAUAAUUGUCAGAAUUAUUGGAAAUUUGUUAUAGUGGAUGAUGUUUGUCAUAUAUAAUCAUAUUAACUUUUUACAUCUGUUAUGAGACAUGGCUUUGCUGAUUUGAUUUUAUUUUUUUCACCAAUUAAAAUAAUCUUAAAGCUUAA